AUGUCAAACUCCUUGCCAAUUGAUCAAGAACAUGAUGAAUCUGUCAAAGAUUCUACCCAAGAUAAAAUAACCGAAUCAACUACCGUCGAAGAAUCAAAGAGCCCUGAGAAUGAAGAAAUGGAUGAUUUGUUCGGUGAUGAAGAAGAAGAAGAUGACGACAUUAUUACAAAUCGCCGUUCUAGGAAAGGGGUAAGUGAUGAUGAAGAGCAAGAUGAAGAAAAUGAAAAUAAUGAUAAUUAUGGUCGUGCUCGCUCCCAUGACGAUAAUAUGGAUGAGGAAGAGGCAAUGUAUACCAGAAAGUUCUAUGGUGAGGAUGUAGACAAUUAUUCGGCAGAUGAAGAUGGAGACCACGUUUUUAAGGAAGAAGAUGUUGAACUUGUACGUCAUAUGGUUCCUUACACUACAAAUUCGCAUACUGAAGAAACUUCAGGACCUGAAGAAGACAAACAUAUUUACUAUGCUAAAGUCCCACAAUUCCUGACAAUUGACCCUGUUCCAUUUGAUCCACCAAGCUUUGAAGAUAUGGUUACAAAGAGACUGUCCCAAGAUGCAACAGAAGAAGAUAAAAUUGGUGAUCAUUUAGUAGAUGAAAAUACUAUAAGAUGGAGAUAUUCUCGUGAUGAAAACCAAAGAGUGUUUAAGGAAUCUAAUGCCAGGAUAGUAAAAUGGUCCGAUGGAUCGUACUCUUUGAAAUUAGGAUCAGAAUAUACUGAUAUAUUAGUAAAUGAUACAGACAACACAUUCCUGACUGUAUCUCAUGAUAAACAAGAAUUAAUGCAGUGUGUUAAUGGUGGUGAGAUUAAUAAGACAAUAAUGUUUAUUCCAACUUCUACAAAUUCCAAGAUUCAUCAAAGAUUAAGUAAAGCUGUUGCAAGAAGAAAUAAAAUAGAACAUGAUGGUCCAGGUACUUUCUUAAUUCAAGUAGAUCCAGAAAUUGAAAAGAAAGAGCUUGAGACAAAACAACAGCAAAUUUUCAGAGAAAGAAGAAGAAGACAAAUUAGAGAAAACGAGCUUCUUGAUGCCGGUGAGGCUACUCCAGAUUCAUUUGGUAGACGUUCUACACCGAAAUCUUCUACUGCCGUACCUUCAAGAAGGGGAUACCAAGAUGAAUAUGAGGAAGAUGAUUUCUUAGUUGAUGAUGAUGAAGAUGAAAAUGAAUACCAAGAAGAAGACGACGAAGAAGAAGACGAAAGAGAUAUACUUGAUGCAUCAGAAGAAGAGGAAGAUGAAGAGGAAGAGAGAAGAAGAGCUGAAAGAUUAAAAAACAUGAAAAGGAGUGAAGCUACGUUCACGGAAGAUGACUCUGGUAGUGCAACCUCAGGAGAUAUUAGGAAAAAAAGAAGGGCAGCUGUUAUUAGCGAUGAUGAUGACGAUGAAUAG